AUGAUGUGCAUCAAAAAGUUUUUUUUUUUUUUGUAUCAGAGCCUGGUUUCGAUCCAGGGACCUGUGGGUUAUGGGCCCACCACGCUUCCGCUGCGCCACUCUGAUUUGCUGAAACAAAAAUCAUACACCCAUUACAUGAUUAGUACUGAUUUUGUUAACUCAUCUUUCAAUAAUGUGUUAAGUGCUUGCUAUUUGCUACCUCAUUAA